AUGGCGGGAAGGAGUGAUGCUCAGGGAGAGCUAUUUAAGAAGGUGGCGCAGAGCAAGCCACCAACCUAUCAAGGAGAGCCUGAUCCAACUAUACUGGAAAACUGGUUGAAGGAGUUUGAAAAACUGUUCGGGGCAAUAGGGUCUCCAGAGAACUCAAAAGAGAAGGUUAGGGACAAGUUUUACCCUAGCUUCUUACAGAAACAAAAAGCUGAGGAAUUUUCUAACCUUGCAAUGGGGAAUAUGUCGGUCAUUGAAUACUACACCAAGUUUAUUGAGAUGUCUAGGUUCACUACAGAGUCUGUAUCUACAGAAAAGUCUAAGGCUAGGAAGUUUGAGAGUGGACUGACUACUGAUUUGCAGUUAAAGCUGUGUGGGCAAGUAUUUGAAACCUUGGAUGAAGUGUAUGGGAGAGCUGCAAACCUAUAUGCCUUAGAAUUAAAGAAAAGGAAAGAGAUAGCUGAGAUGGAAGGAAAUAACAGGGGAGUAAGGCAUUUCUACUGCAAGAGGUGUAAGAACGAUCUCCCUGGUAAAGAUUGUGAUGGAAAUUUGGUUACCUGUCGUGCUUGCAACAAGUUAGGACACAGGGAGUAUGAAUGUUUCUCCAAGGAUCCCAAUCGAAACAAACAAGGCAAUAAUCAAGGAGGGGCUCAGAGAAAUUUUCAGGGAAGCAACAACUAUUCAGGAAACAAGGGGGCACAGAAGAAUGGAGUGAAAGGCAACAACAACAAUAAUGGAGGAAAUCAGGUGAAGAGUGGAGCUCCAAGGAAAUUGAAUGUGAUGAGUAGGCAUGAGGUUGAUUCCACAAAAGAUGUCAUCACUGGUAUCUUUUCUAUUAACUCUAUUCCUGUUAAAGUCUUGUUUGAUUCUGGUGCAACUUUUUCUUUCAUUUCAAAGGCCAUUGUUUCAAAACUAUCAAACUAUUUGAAAACCGUAAAUGAGGUAGAUUUGCCUAUAGUUAUUCCUACGGGUGGGGUAGUAAAGUGUAACAAGACCUUUAAGAUGUACCUUUAG